ACCUUCCCCUGCCAACACCCUAACUCAUAAUGUGACUCUGAGGGUUGAACAUGAUCUAUUUACGCACCCGUUCAUUUAAGUUGCGCAACAGCAGAUUGGUCAGAAGUUGACACUUUUGUAUAAACAGCUAUCGAGUGCAACGCUCAUCUGAUUGGGAUUCAGUACAACAAGAACAUGAGAACUUUAUAAAUGGAGAGAAUCAAAGCCCCAGGUCAAAGCUAAGUUGGAUUAAAGUUAUGUGCUUGAGCCCCUGUGGAUUCCUCUGAAUUGUGGACACCUGAAACGCUGUUUGCUUGUUAUUUUAAAAGGAACUCAUUCAAGCAGCAUCACUGAUGUCUCUGAUGGACAAGCACAAAGUGAAGCGGCAACGAUUGGAUCGAAUUUGCGAAGCGGGGGCUUGGUGGGGAAGCCAGCAGCAGCCUUCUGAGGAACGCAGCGGUGUGACAGGCAAAGCGACAGCAAGGAGAGGUAUCCGUCCACAGAUUAUGAAUGGACCAAUGCACCCACGCCCCCUGGUGGCGCUGCUUGACGGCCGGGACUGCACCGUGGAGAUGCCAAUCCUCAAAGAUAUGGCAACUGUAGCCUUCUGUGACGCACAGUCAACUCAGGAGAUUCAUGAAAAGGUCCUAAAUGAAGCUGUUGGGGCACUGAUGUAUCACAACAUCACUCUAACCAGAGAAGAUCUGGAGAAGUUCAAAGCCUUACGGAUAAUUGUACGGAUAGGCAGCGUCGACAACAUCGACAUUAAAACUGCUGGCGAACUCGGGAUUGCAGUGUGUAACAUCCCCGCAGCAGCAGUGGAAGAGACGGCCGAUUCUACCCUCUGUCACAUCCUGAACCUGUACCGGCGGAACACGUGGCUGUACCAGGCGCUGCGCGAGGGCACCAGGGUGCAGAGUGUCGAGCAGAUUCGGGAAGUGGCGUCAGGAGCAGCUCGAAUCCGUGGGGAAACACUGGGACUCAUCGGCUUCGGGCGUAUUGGUCAGGCUGUUGCUGUUCGAGCCAAAAUCUUUGGUUUUAAUAUAAUAUUUUACGAUCCAUAUCUCCCCGAUGGGAUUGAGAGAUCGCUGGGUGUUCAGAGAGUGUACACCCUGCAGGACCUGCUCUACCAGAGCGACUGUGUGUCAUUGCACUGUAACCUGAACGAACACAACCACCAUCUGAUUAACGACUUCACCAUCAAACAGAUGAGGCAGGGCGCAUUCCUGGUAAACACGGCCCGGGGAGGGCUGGUCGAUGAGAAGGCUUUAUCUCAGGGCCUGAAAGAGGGAAGGAUACGAGGUGCUGCCCUUGAUGUGCAUGAGAGUGAGCCCUUCAGUUUUACCCAAGGACCACUGAAGGAUGCUCCCAACCUGAUCUGCACCCCACACACAUCCUGGUACAGUGAGCAGGCGUCUCUGGAGAUGCGGGAAGCAGCAGCCACUGAGAUCCGCAGGGCAAUUACAGGCCGCAUCCCCGACAGCUUGAGAAACUGUGUAAAUAAGGAUUACUUUGUCACAACUGCUGGCUGGCCAACAAUGGACCAGCAGGCUGUCCAUCCAGAGCUCAAUGGGGCCACCUACAGGUACCCUCCUGGCAUAGUAGGCGUAGCAACUGCAGGAAUCCCUGCUUCCCUGGAGGGAAUGGUCCCCGGGGGGGUACCUGUCUCCCAUAACCUUCCUGCAGUGGUCCAUCCUUCUCACACUCCAUCUCCCAAUCAACCCACAAAACAUGAGAGCGACAGAGAGCAUGCCUCUGAGCAAUAGUGGAUUACAGAGCUUGUCCAGUAACAAGGUUGGGACCAAGAGACACUGAAAGUAUCAUUAUAAAAAUGGAAUAUUUAUAGGAUAAUUGAGACCUGAAACUCUUUGAAGAAUUUGUACUCUUUACAGCUGCCAGUUUGGGAUGUUACAGUGUUAUCCGUGGAUGGGGAUAAAGGCUGCAUUCAACCCAAAAGAACUCCCUUCACUCAACAGAAACUAAGAAGUAUUUUGAAAAGUGUGUUUUCUGAUGAAAUGUCCCCAUUGAUAAAUGUGCUCUAUGUUCCUUCAUAUCUUUUAUCUGUUUAUCAUGAGACUUUGCUGGGUAGAUUUUUUUCUUAUAUCAUUUGAGAUAAGUGUUUUAUAGGUGACGAGAGUGAAACGUGUUCUUGACAGAAAAUGGUAGCCUUAGGUGUGCAAUCUUAAUAGUGAGGUAGCUUGAAGCGUUUCCCUUCAUCUCAGGAACAAACCCUUUUGUAUGAUUUGUCAGCAAGUUUGACUUUAAACAUUUGUUCCUCAAAGGCUCCCAUUUCUUGAACACACAAAAAAUGUUCUUUUAUUUCACGAUGUGACAUUUUUAUAUAAACUCGCAUCAAAUGUGUUUUGUCUAGACAUCUGAGUCUAUUAUAUUCCCAUAGUCUUAGUCCUAUGUGCAACAUCAGUGCAUUUUCUUAUUAUUAGACCACAAUCAGGCUGUCUAAGACGACGAACUGUAAUGAGGGAUGUGGCACCCAGUGCAGAUCUGUGUGGUGUGGUUAAUUAGAGUGGAUGCUCUUCCAGUACAAGAGUUCUACAGAACAGACUGAUUAGCUGUUUCAUUCACUGUUAAGUAAAUUUAUACCUGACCCAAGCAUAGAAGGAAUUUUACACAUCCCUUCCCAUUAACUCCUGUUACAUAGAAUCAAUCCAGAUCGAUCUACUCUCCAAGCAUAAUUCUAAUCCAUGCAUAAACAUUCCCACUCUGAAUUACAUUUUAAUGCUCAUCACACUGGAUAUCAUCAAAUGCAUUGCCUGAUUUCACUUAAAAACAGCAGCUCAUGUUACAUGAACAGUUUCUUGUAAAAGACAGCUUUUGUUUGUUUGCAAAUAGCAGUGUUUUGUGUCUAUUUUUUUUUGAAAAUCGAUUGCUGAGUGAAUGAUAAGUGAGCUGAGGUAGAAUUGCACAUUAUAACGCAAGAAAAAUCCUGAUCCAAACAACACCCGUGUUUAUCGUGAUUCCACUAUUUACAGAGAUCAGACAUCUCUCGUGUGUAGGUUACAAAGUUUAAAAAACACACUAAGAUACAGUGUCUGGUCAUUUCCGUGAAUCUGUGGAAGCGCAUACCAUUGCUGAGUUACUGCGGAGGGGGGGGGGAGGAGAAGAGGAGGGGAGAGAGAAAUUUCUGUGUGGAUAUAAACAUACCCCAUAUAAGGUGGGUCAUCACCCAGUGAUGGAGAUCAAAUGUAUUUGUGUGUGAAAAACUUUGUUUAGACUUUCUUUUAGGCUGAAGUGUUAUCAUUUAUCUAGAAAGCGCUUUAUUACAGUUUGUUAAAUUGUACGUCAUAAAACUUGCUGUUCUGUUGGUCAGAUGUUGUGUGCAGCCAUGUUGGGUUAACAUGACUUGUGUUAAACCUUUUUCACUUGAAACGUUUUUCGGUAGCUGUGCAGUGAUGGUUUCCAAUUGCAGGUAAAAUCAUUUUUUUUUAAAAAAAAGAAGUCAAUCUUUCUAUAUUUCUUCAACAAUUUGUGUUAACAGUGGAAAAUAUAAAGAAUUAAAAAUAUUCCAAGUA